CUGCAAUCAAGUAUGGUCUGGUCUCGAACUGGGACAAGAACUCAGAUAAGUUUGGCGGGAAAAGGUUUUUUGAAGCAGUCUUGAAUCCAGAUAAAUCGUAAACAAUCGCCAGAAAAUACUACUUGUUUCUUAUAAGCGUCUCGAUGAUGGAAUUGGAACAAGACUACGCAUCAGAUGUGGUGGAGCAAAUCAUAGAGAUUGCAACAAGAUUGGGUUUGCAUGGUAAAAAUGCACCCUCCAUUGAUACCUACAUUGCAAAGCUUGAGAUGGCCAUUGCUGAAAACAAAGAAUCAGAAUGUUCUUGUGUCCAAAGUUACUACGAAUCUCAAGCUAGACUUUCAUCGGAUGAAGAAUUUUAUUCAGAAAAAGCCAUAGCCAUCGAAAAAACAAGGAUAGAGCAAAAGAAAAAGAAGAGAAGAUCUGUUUGUAUUCAACGAGUUCCUUCUUGCAGUUCAUCUGAUGAUGAUGAUGAUGAUGAUGAUAUUGAUUUUAAUGGCACUAAAGAAAAUGAAGUCGUCCAAGAAAUCAAUAAAGAGGAAAACUAUGAAUUGUCCGAAGAUGCUGCCGACGAUGACGAUAGCUUUAAUGCCUUUGUUAGCAAAGUGAAGACGAGCAGUAGGAAAAAGACAGCCGUUUUGCUGUCAUCUGAUGACGAAGAUGGAUCAAAUUCAGAAGAAAACAGCAUGGAUGAUUUCAUAGUAAGUGAUGGAUCGAUGCCAAAUACUCCUGAUAAGCAAUCUUGGCGAACACCAAAAAUACCUGAGGCCGUCAUAUCAUCUUCUGAAGAAGAAAGUUACAAAGAGGAUGAACACUUCACUUCUCGAGGCAAAAAAGUUACUAAGUUUCAAACUCCACGCAUUAAAACUCCAAUGUCCUCAAGACGACAUGCUCGAUGCACACCUGGCAUCUUGGACCGUGUUACGACCCCUAAGACACCUAGCGGUAGUGUUUCAUACAAGAGAGAUUUCAAGAAGUUAAGAGACCAAACUGCUAAGGAAUUGCUAGAUCUUUUCAACGAAACUGUCUUCGAAAACAAGCUUCCUGAUAUUAACAUCGUCUUCAAUAAAAGAAUGACCAAAACUGCAGGGUUUUGCUACUAUUAUCGAAAUCAAGUCACGAAAGCAAGAACAGCUAAAAUUGAGCUCGCCGAGAAAGUUUGCGACUCCGUCGAACGACUUCGAGAUACGAUGAUUCAUGAAAUGUGCCACGCUGCCGCGUGGAUAUUGAAUGGAGUGAAAUGCGGUCAUGGAACCUUCUGGAAAUAUUGGGCGAGCAAAGCACACAGAGCCCAUCCUGACUUGCCCCCAAUAUCAAGAUGCCAUCAAUUUGAUAUAGAAUGCCGCUUCAAUUACAGAUGUAUCAACCCAUUUUGCGGCAAAAGUUAUGGCCGUCACAGCAAGUCUUUAAAGAAAUGUCCAGACUGCAACGGAUCGCUACAGUUACUUGGAAAAGAUGGCAUUACUCCGUUAAAGCCAAGAGUGCCAAAUAAAUUUGCUCUUUAUGUGAAAGAAAAUUAUCCCCCGGUCAAAGCUGAUCAUCCCAAUAUGUGUCAUGCAGAUAUCAUGAAGUUGUUAGGGACAAAAUUUAGCAUGCUGAGCACAUAGAUUGUUUGAAUGCAAGUUUUCAUUCUGUUUCUGCAAUCAAAUGCUGCAAUAAGAGCCAAAGGAUGUCAUGUUACCAGCCUUUUUAAAUUUACGAUUUUAUGCCAAAUAUCCAGAUUUUUAAGUUAAGAAUGAGUAAAAGACAUUUGAAAACUUUUUAAGCCAUGAUUAGUACUAUAAUUAGCAUCUUAGCUUUUAUUUUUGGACAUGAUUUAUAGUUUUAUAGAAAGAAAGUGAGAAAAUUGCUUUGUGCUUUUCUGUUACAAUGUCUUACACAUAUAAAUAUCUAAUGAUGUGCAGUAAAAAUCAUUGGCAACCGUCAAAUGCCCAAGCUCUAGUUAAAGAUUUUGAUUCACGAUAAAAAGAGAGGGUAUACACAAUUGUACUGAGUCAUGAUAUUAGCGCUGCACUGCUAUUGGUGGUGCUGAGACUGAUCACAAAAAAAUUGUCUUGAAAUAAUUUCAAAAGGAGCUUAUGUCAAUGACCAAUGUAAAUGAUGGUCACCAAAGUCUCAUGAAACUACACUGAUCACACAAUAGAGUGAAGGCUGCCUGCAGACGAUGCCUUUUAGAAGCAGUAUUUACUCCAUUUAAUUGUUCUCAGAAUCUCCUUUCAUGGCCACGAUUUUCAAUGACACAAAUAUUUGUUGGUUUGAUGCACAAAUAACCAAUCAGAAUGAAGAACCACCAUAGUGUGCUCUUCCUGAGUGACUUGCUGUGAAUUCUGUUUUGGUUUCAAAUGUCUAAGUCAGUUUGGAUGAUAUAAAGAUCCAGCCCUUUUGGAAGUGUUCACCCACAACUGAUGUCUGAUGCCAAAAAGGCAGUGGAUAAACCUCUUUGAAGACAAGGCUUUCAAGUUAGAAUCAGCCAAUCAUGGAGGGAACA